GAAAGGUGAAGUGGAGAUGCUUUAGAGAGAUGACUAGAAAUGAGUUAUUCGUACGAGAGUUUAUUCGAGACUACUGGCCGAAAUCGUUGACGAUGUACAUCAAAAUGAGAAGUCGCCGUUGUAACUGUUGUAAGGAUGAGAAGGGGAAAUAAUGCCGUAUGUUUAUUUUAGUUAGAGACGGCUGAUCGGUAGCGAAAAACAAGAAGGAAUGUCAAGACAAGAUGAAGAGAGAGACAAAAUUCGUUAUUUCCAUUACUGUCGUUAUGCUAUGGCUAUUUUGUUAUGCUAUGUGGAUAAACCAGGAUGCCGUUAUCUGUUUGGAGGCUGUUCCCAGGAUGAUAAUUGCUGUCCUAAAUUGGUUUGUCCAUAUGGAUACUGUGCAUGGGAUGGCUCAUUUGGAAAAAAGGAAACUAGAUAACAGACCUCGUUAUUCUGAAUCAUAUCCAUUUCUGGCACAUCCUGGCAAAUACCAGAAUAUGUAAUGAUAUUAGAAUGAUAAUAUCGCUUAAUAUUCUUCUUUAUAUUUGACUGUGGCGCUAUUUCUCUUUAUAUUUAUAUUUA